AAUUCUAAAAAGUCUGCAGCUGAUCUUGCCUGUCAAGUUGCUUGGGCACUAAAUCAUUUUGAAGACAGAGAAGAUGAAAUCAAAAUAAUUCCACAUCUAAUUAAAUUCAUAACAAAUUCAUCAUUUCAACAUUUCCUAAACAAGUUGAUCGAUGUAAAAUCAUUCUUUGUUUUCAUAAUAGAACGAAAACUUGAUGAAAGGAAUUGGAAAUUUGCCAAAUAUUUUGUAGAUGUUCUGGAAAGAUUUUGCAAUUAUAAACUUGCAACUAAAGUACUUUUUGAAAUAACAGAAAUUCAAACUAAAGUGUUAGGUGUUGAUCAUAGUGAAGUUUCAUAUUCGUACAACAAGCUGGGUGUAUUGCUCUGCAAGAAUGGAGAAUAUGAAAAUGCUAAAGAUUUUCACAAGAGAGCAAUGAGAAUUCAAGCUAAAACAUUUGGACCUGACCAUGUUAAUAUUGCGAGAGCGUACAACAAUCUGGGUUUGGUUUACUAUAAUAUGGGAGAGUACGAAAAAGCAAAAGAUUUUUAUGAACGAGCGAUGGAAAUUGAAACAAAACCAUUUGGACCUGACCAUGUUAAUAUUGCGAUAACUUACAACAAUCUGGGUUCGGUUUACAGUAGAAUGGGAGAGUACGAAAAAGCAAAAGAUUUUUAUGAACGAGCGAUAGAAAUUGAAACAAAAGCAUUUGAACCUGAUCAUGUUAAUAUUGCGAUAAGGUACGACAAUCUGGGUUCAGUUUACAACAAUAUGGGAGAGUACGAAAAAGCAAAAGAUUUUUAUGAACGAGCGAUGAAAAUUCAAACAAAAGCAUUUGCGCCUGACCAUGUUAAUAUUGCGACAGCAAACAACAAUCUUGGUUCAGUUUACAGUAAUAUGGGAGAGUACGAAAAAGCAAAAGAUUUUUUUGAACGAGCGAUAGAAAUUGAAACAAAAGCAUUUGGACCUGACCAUGUUAAUAACGUUACAACGUACAACAAUCUGGGUUCAGUUUACAGUAAUAUGAGAGAGUACGAAAAAGCAAAAGAUUUUUAUGAACGAGCUAUAGAAAUUGAAACAAAAGCAUUUGGACCUGACCAUGUUAAUAUUGCGACAACGUACAGCAAUCUGGGUUUGGUUCACAGUAAAAUGGGAGAGUACGACAUUUGGACCAACAAACUGAAAACAGUUAAACUUGGUCCGGAAGAAAAAGUAUGGACGAUAUUAACCAUCGUAUCUAGCUAA